CAGGGUCUUUUUAAAAGAUGUUAAACGGGUUAACAAGAAAAAUAUUUGUUUGCUAACUACAGCUGUCGUGAAGUAGGUUAGAUAGCCGUUUGGCUAGCUGGUUAGAUAGCUGAGGGAAUUAGCCGAAUACAGCGUUGAAGCUGUUCAUGAAUUAAUUAAUAUUAUUACUUCUUCUUGAGUGUAAAAUGAAAGUCUUUUGAAUCGUCUCAUUGAUGUAGCUCAUUAGCGUUGUGUUAAGCAAGUUUUAAGUUAGCGGUCGCUUCCCUGUAACGUCAGCGCUACCGCGCAUGCGCACCAGCUGUGCCCAGUGACCGGUUGCCGUUUUCGCGCAUGCGCCCUACGCAGGUCUGUUACUGACAGUCUGUAAACACACGCGGCUGUUUUAGGAGCGACUUAACGCACUCAAUUUAGCUGUUUUUGGUCAUUUACGUUUACCAUAUUGACUCACUAGGUGAGCUGGAACACUAGGAACACACACUAUACCCGUCUGGUUCUGAUGCCUGCGUUGGGCUGGAGGUUAGGAAGACAUGGUUCUCUGAGAAAAGCUCCUGUAAGGAGGGCGGAGUAGCGAUGUGGAGCCAAUCAGGAAGAGAGAAACCUCCAGCGACGGAGCCACGGGGAGUGGGGGAGUACGAGCUGUCAUCUGCAUGGAGGAAUCCGAACCAGGGCAAAGCAGCUCUGCGUCACAUCAAUAAUCAGUCGGAGGCGGCGGUCGGUUCAGGAGUCGUCAUCACCUCACUGAACACGGAGAAGACACACAAACGCGGAGGGAGGCGGAGCUCGGAUGGGGAUGAUGCAGCGGUUAAGCCCCGCCCACAGAGCCGACGCAGCCCGGAUAAGAGCUCUCGGAGCCCGCUGAGGACCAGCACGCAGGACAACACACACACCUCACACAGACCCACGUCCUCGCCCCCCGAGGCAUCCCUGAGCCACCUGGUGUACGACCGAGACUGUCGUCCUCUCCACUCGGCCGACGCGGACAGCACUCGCUCCUCCGCGCUGGACGCCACGACCGUACGCGUCCUCAAUGACCCUCCCGCCCUGCACAGGUCAGAGGUCACGGUGGGGGGGUCGGAGGUCAGCCCGGGCUCGGCACGGCUGGAAAAGCUGCGUCAGCGUCAGACGGAUGACAAACUGGAGAAGCUGAGGGAGAGGAUCAGGAGGCAGAGGGAGCAGCUGGAGGACUCAACAGACAGGGCGGGGGAGCGGGCGGUAGGGGCGGGGCAGGGAAACCCCGCCCACCAGCACAUCGCCAAAGUGCGCAAAGUGGCAGCCGCUCCACCCGCGCCGAACUAUAAAGGGUUUAACAGCAGCGAGGUGAAGCUGCCCUCCUCAGACAGCAGAGUGUGGGGACAGGACGAGUUUCACUUAAACCCCGAGAUUUAUAAAGCUCUAACGGACCAUCUCCCAGAGCGGGCGAAACGCAAACCGGCGGAGAAAGAGAGGCAGCAGCAGGAGAGGAAGUUGAUCAAACCCGUGAGGAAGAUCCACCGAUCUGCGUCUGUUCCCGAACCCAAAUCAGCGAUCGGCACGUCGUCAUGGCGAGAUGGCCAGAAACUGGUGAAGAUGAUGCUGGGGCCGUUGCCACGGGAACCUCGUGCACAAUCGGAGGAGAGAGCGAGACGGACAGGUACCGCAUCCUGCUCCAGUUCUGUCCCUGGGCCGGACCCGAGGCACCGCUCCAGACCGAGCAGCACUGAAAAACCUGCAGCAUAUCAGCCCUCCAGAGCAGCAGGGGGCGCUAGAGGUAAAGAACAUCCCCCAAAUCUAUCCUCCAGGCCACCAGGGGGCAACAGAGAGCGAGAAGCUGCAGUUACGCCGUCCUCCAGGCCACCAGGGGGCGCCGCUCUUCCCUCUAGCCUGGACCUCCUCUCUGCAAACAUUCGCACCAUCUUAGAUGAUCUGCAUCUGGAAGAAGGUGCCGGGUCACGCAAUGCGGACCGAGUCGGUAGAAAGAGGGCGGGUCGAAGCCCGUCAAAGCCACGCCCUGACAGUGCGGAGAGGGCGUUGCCACGGAAACGGCACUACGACUCGGACACGGUGCGGCGCUACAUCGCUAAGCAGCAGGAAGAGAGGAAGAGGAAGCAGGCAGAGGAGAGACGGAGUCAGAGGGAGGAGCAAGAGAGGCGGAGUCAGAGAUUGCAGGAGCUGUACAAGAAACAACGAGAGGGCGUCACCAAGCAGCAAGCCCCGCCCCCUAAUCAUAUAAACCCACGUCUGCAAGAGACUUACACCAAGAUACUCCUGGAACACACGCUGCAACAGGCGUGGCCGGGGUAUCAGCCGUCUGGAGAAUCAGAUAAAGAGAACAAGAGACUGGAACCAGUGAGUCCUUCCACCAGCGACCUGUCACAACACACACCGUCUCCCCUGUACAGGGGCGAUCUGGCGACGCCCCCUGCUGGUCAGUUCUUCUCCCAUCUCCUCAGUCUUGAUCCAGAGCGUGUAAACUCCACCACACACACCACGAGCAGGCUGAACCGUGUGGAAGCCUUGAAGGCGUGCGCCGCCUCUCUGUCCAACCGAAUCGAAACCGAAGCACGAAAACUCAUCACCCACGGCGACAACAAUGACGACACAGACGGCCACGCCUGCCGAGCCAAACCGCCAAGCCCGCCAGAGAGAGAGCGACCUGAUUCCAGCUCGAGUAUCCACGACGACGGAAGCGAACUUCCCGGUGUCGGAAACAUGUACGGCUUCAUCGUCCGAGAGGGGUGGGGUGAGAUCGCCAAACCCCGCCUGCUCCCCGCAGACGCCGCCCUCCCGGUCGCCGUGCAGGAAGAGAAGCAUGACUCAAGCGGAGGCUCCAUCAGCGAGGGCUUGCUGAGUGACGGCAGUCUGUCCGAUCCUGGCGACCGCAUCACCUUGUUCCGGAAGGAGGCGGAGCUUCACGUGCCGUAUAGGCCUGCAACAUCACAGCCUCCAUGGGAGGAGCUAAGCAAGGGCAGCCCUCACAGCGUCAUCAACAUAUUCGCCAGAAACAUCAACAAAUACGGCCACGUGAUGGACACAGAAGUGGACAGAUCUCCUCCUGCGCUCCGUUCCUCUCCAUCCACUCACAGUUCGGCGAACGGCGUGGUCUAUGAAGACGACUUUGUUUCCUCCCGCAGUCAAUCAGCAUCAAAGAGAACCACUAAUGGCAUCAGUAACGGCCGGAGCUCUUCCGCCUCCACCCCUCUGUCCUCACCUUCCUCCGCCCACUCCAUCGGGAAGAGAGGGUCAGAGAAGAGUCUGGAGCGCACCCUAGUGGACGGACAGAGAAGUGCAUCCUCAUUCGCCUCUGAGCCUCAGAGGAGUGACUGGAGGAAGAGUGACUCGCCUCGAGGCUCUCGGAGGAGUGCUGACGGUAACGGCACACCAGGGGGCGCCUCGGUGCGCUCCAGCCACAGCAUGGUGUCUGAGAUCCGGCAGUUUCCCACAAGCCCCGCUGACUCUCCCAGAAUCCACGGCUCCUCUUCAUCCAGUCCUGCGUCUGCUAGAGACUCCACCCCCAGAGCCGGAACAGCUCCUGGCUCUGUCCCGAACACGGGGCCUACCCACAACCUAGUCUCCGCCCCUGGACCCGCCCAUAGCACCACAGAGCUGCAUUUCGCCCCGGUCGUGCUGCAGCACCGUCUAAGCGCCGAGCUGAACUUCCUGGAUGCGGUGGAGGAGUCGGUGAGACAGCUGAGCGACGUGGAAAGGGUCAGAGCCGUCUCACUCGCUCAGCAGGAGAGUGUCUCGCUCGCGCAAAUCAUCAAGGCUCAGCAACAGAGACAGGAGCGAGAGCUGCAGCUGCUGAAGCUGAAAGCGGAACAGGAUGCGCUGGAGGCUCAGAGACAUGUGCAGGAGAGCAGAGAGAGAGCGGCACAGGCCCAUGCGGAGCUGUGCGAGAAUGUGGUUCAGUCUCAUCAGAAGGCUCUCAUGGAGCUGCAAGAGAACAGCAGCAAGAUGAUCCACCAACACGCAGAGACUGCACAACACCUCCGAGAGAUGACCGAGAUGACUCGUUCUCAGAUGCUCAAUGUUCCCUCUGUCACACCUGUAAGGCAGCCACACCCACAAACGGACAGUAGUAGGAGUGAAGUCUCGACAGAGAAAACGCCAACAGCAGAUACUCCACAGAGCAGUCUGACAGAGUCCGAGUCCUUCAGGAUACACACCGUCAGUGUGAGACAGGGCGAUGGCGACUGCGUGGACAGGAGCAGCUCGGUGGAAGAGGAAGUGAACACUGCCGCUGAUGACUCUCUCCAAACCGACAGAGCAGACAGCGUCUCAAUCAUUUACUCCUCGAAGUUUGAUGAGUCCGUGACGGAGGACGAGUUGGAGAAGUCGUUCCGCUCCGUGCUUCCCUCCGAGUCUCACUGGAGGGGAUCCGUGGAGAGGAAACGGCAGUCGGACGAGGAACCCCACCCUGAAAAAUCGUCUAAUAAGCAGGACGGCAGCGUCCCGGUGUUCUCGGCGGAUCAGUACAGUUUCUCAGAGUUCACCAUGGCGAUGGUGAAGCAGUGCAUGCAGGAAGAGGAAGUUCGCUCUCGGCAUCAGAGCUCGCUCCUGCGCCUCCGACACCGGGCACUCAAGGAAAAAACCCGCGCCGAGCUCGAUUGGCUCGAGCUCCAAAAGAGGCGUCUGCGUGAUAAGGGAGAGGAUGAUAAAAUGCCUCCGAUUCGCAAGAAACAGCGAGGCCUGCUGCUCAAACUACAGCAGGAGCAGGCGGAGAUCAGGAGGCUGCAGGAGGUGAACCGGGCGGCGCGGAGGGAGAGGAAACUGUUGCUGAAACAGCAAGAGGAGAUUGAGAGGAUCCAACACACAACACUGAAACUGAGGGAGAAACUCAGGAACGCUGAAGAUACAAACCAGAGGUCACCUGUGUCAGGUGUGAGUGAGGAUUUGGCCCCUCCCACCGAGCUGAACGUUGAGUUUCGUAGCCCCUCCCCUUUAUCUGUGUCUGGAAGUGAGACCAGCAGCAUCAUGAAGAAACUGAAGAAGAUGAGCUAUCACACAGAUGAGAGAUUCCUAACUCAGCGUGAGCUGCGAUUGGUGCAUUGGCGUCAGCAGGUGGAGGCGGAGCUAAGGCGUACGGAUGGGGCGGAACCUCAGCGGGAGGGGCGGGCGCACUCAGACCAGCACGUGCAGCAGAAACGCAGCCCAGAUGAUCUGCAGAGAGACAGACAGGAGGAGAGGAAGACCGGGCGAGAAGUGCGCAGUGAGGGGGACUCGUCUCUGCCGCUGUCCGUCUCCAGCAUACACACAGUGCAGGAGUGUGAGAACACACACAGCCAUGAGUCUCCCGUGGUUCAGGCGAGUUCCAGCAGUAAAGUGACAUCACACAGCAGCUCCAGGAAACGGGACCUCCCUUCAUCAGCUCCUACAUCCGAGGCGGCGUCGGAUCAGAGCGACAUUGAGGGGCGUGUCCUGGCUCUGAGGGCGGAGCUUCGUCGGCGUAAAGCUGAAGCGCAGCGUCUGAAGAAGGAGCAGAGACUGAGACACAAAGAGCGACUGAAAGCUCAGGAGGCCAGUCUGCUCAAACAGCUGGAGUCCUGCAACGAAUUCAUUCAGAAGACCAAAGCCGAGCUGAGUGAAGCAGACCACACCGCUUCAGCUAAACUGCAGAUCAAAACUCCAACGUCGGGCUCACACAAGUCCAGAACCAAAACCUCCACCCCAGACAGGUCUGAAACCGAGAAGAGUUUCACAGGAAGGAGUCAGGAAUCCGAAUCAGAUAAAUCGGACAGAACACACACCGAGUCUCCGGCGCUGAGUGAUGAAGAUCCUCCCACCGUGACCCCGACCCCGGUGUUGGGAAGCCCGAAUCACUUGAGUCCACCUGAACCCCAAAACGCCGGGGACACCCAACCCGAAAGUUCUGCCGGGCCAGAAACAGACGAUUUGGCCGACGGGAGCGUAGCCUCCAGCCCGAGAUCCGAGAUCAUCGAGGAGCUGGAAUCUCCGAGGUCGCGUUUGUCUCGGUCGGAACACUCGUAUCCGGCGCUUGACCUGAAAAUCCAGGACUCGAACAAGGAUUUCUCCAAGAACGAAACGGAAAUCGCUCUAGCCGCGAAAGUUAGCCAAGAAGAAAAAGAGAUUGCGAACAAUUCCGAAGAUAUCAAAUCCAACUCCUCCUCACUCGUAGCUAAGCCAGAACCAGAAGAACCCCAGCGUCCAGAGAUUCCUUCACCCGUAGACGUCUCGUACACUCCGGACGUUUCGCCGAGGAAGGAAAACGACGAAGACUUGGAGCACAAACCCACCGCGUCGCCAUCGCUCGACAGCUACAACGAUGAUUUUGAGUCGGCGGUUCAGGAGGAAAAUCGGUCUCGCUCGCCUUCUUCUGAAGAUCCGGAAGAGGGAUCCUACAAAUUCUCCUUCAGCAGCAGUGAGGAGGAGAUCGAGGAAGAGAUUAGCGUCAAAUCAGGGAAUACCAGUGGUACUGUCGAGCAGGAAAGACCUUUGGAUCUCGACUUCCUGGAGAAGCGUACAGAAGAACGCAUCGAUAGCAAUGUUCCCAGCCCUCCGAAGUCUCCGGAGGAUGAGAUGCCCGGUUACGUCGUCGGGGACCGGGUUCUGGUGAGCAACGUUCAGCCAGGCACUCUGAGAUUCAAGGGACGAACGAGCUUUGCUAAUGGAUUGUGGACCGGAGUGGAGCUGGACGCGUCGGAAGGAAGCAACGACGGCAGUUACGAUGGCGUUGUUUACUUCCAGUGCAAAGAGAAACACGGGAUAUUCGCUCCUCCUGAGAAGAUCUCUCGUCUACCCGAGGCGUCUGAAGGCCGUAGCAGAACCUCAGAGAAGGAAGACUCGUCGUUUGAAGAUCGCUCGAACGAAACGGAGAAGACGAACAAGUCCGAAAGCACGCUUCAGAAUAAAAAAGCAGAUCCGGAUCCACCUUCUGAGACGAGAGAACCGUCCGAGAAACAUUCCAGUCUCGAUUUGAAGCUUUCUGGCGUCACAAAAGACCUGAAGAUUGACCCUGCUGCUAUUGAUGGCGAGAUCUUCGAGAACCUUAAUGGAGGAACUUGUCCUGUGACACUUGAGAGAUUCGGAGAUGUCGUCCUGGAUGUCUCAAAAGUCGAGGAUGCUCGGGACGAUCAAACGCCAGACAUUCUGGAUCUGUUGAUCCGUAGCGAGAUGUCCACGUCGACCGAGGACCUUCCGAAAUCUUUAGAUGUCCCUCCUGAGAGGACGAGCGAGGAGCGCAUGGACGGCUCGGCCGUGACGGAGAGCAAAUCCCUCACGACCCUGGCCGAUACACUCGUGGAGCGCUUCAUGAGCGAUGCCCUGAAACAGUUUCAGCAGAUCAAGAAAGCAAAGGAGGAGAAAAUCUCAGCCGCCAAUCAGCACGUGUUCCUCGCUGAGGACGAAGAACCCAGUGGGAACAAUGUGUCCCAGCUCAGAACUUCAUCCAGCAGCAAGAUCGACAAGGAAAGCUUCCACAACUUCUUCGACAAGGACCAAGAAGAAGUGUCUUCUCCGGAGCUUUGCAACCGAUCGGAGAGCCCGGUGUUGGGUCAGGAGGAGCUGGUCCAGCGUUUAGCCGAGCUGGAGCUGAACCGCGAGUUCCUGCACGUGCUGGGCGACGAGCAGGACUGGUUCGACGAGGACUUCGGCCUCAGCUCGCGCAAACACGCUCAGCACAAGAACAAACCCAGGCAGGACGAGCUCACGUCCAUGUCCGCAGCUAAACUCCCGCACGUCAGGCAGCAGCAGGAGGAGGCGGCGGCCAUGUUGGUCCCUCACAAAGCUGCCGAGGUGGAGAAGCUGGUGAGCGCCGCCCUGCUGGAGAUCUGGAGGAGCUGCGGGAUGGAGCGCGGUAAUCAGAGUCUGACCGCCGUGCCCAAACCAAAGGCUUCAGAGACAUUGCUGGGGGACGAGAACGGCGAGCAGUGUGUACGCAGCUACAAACAGGCGGUGUUUGACCUGGCGUGGGAGCUCAUGCAGGAAAUCUACGCCGAAGAUCCCAACGCUGAUCGCCCGCCGUGGAUAAAACCGUUCCGUGUUAAUUCACCCUACAUCCACAGAAUCGACGACCCCAGUGACCUCACUAAAGUCCAGGCGUUGGUCAGCAGUGAGGUUCUGAAGCUGUUCGCUCUGAAUAAAGAGCAGAACCACAGAACCGACUGGCAGAAGAUGCUCAAGUUCGGCCGAAAGAAGAGAGACAGAGUCGACCACAUCCUGGUGCAGGAGCUCCAUGAGGAAGAGGCCCUGUGGGUGAACUACGAUGAAGACGAGCUGUUUGUGAAGAUGCAGCUGGCUGACGGGAUCCUGGACACGCUGCUGAAGGACACGGUGGACCUCCUCACCAACAUCCACGAGAGGAGGAGGUCCACACGGGCCCUGUCCUGAUCCUCCUGCUCGUAUCUCCUACUUGCACACCCUGCUCUGUCGUUAUUUAGGAUGGAACCAGGAAUACCGGCUUCUCCCAGAGAUCUAGAUGGGUCGUGUCCCGAUUCUGCUGCUCAGAUCUCCUCCCUCCUUUAGGAACCUCCCUGCGAUCUGCGUUUGGGACAGAACCGGAACUGUACCAUAUUCGCCUUUGUGCUGGAUUUUUAAUUUAUUUGUAAAGAGGUUUUUAAAACUGUGUGAAACGUGUAAAGAGACGAUGAAUUGAGCGCGCGCAAACGCGUCCGAGCACACGCGGAACCGAGAGGAGCCAAGGCGCUGAGAGGAUUUAGAGAUGAAUGCAAAACAGUAGAUUGAUCUGUAAACUUCGUAUUUAAAUAAAUAAAUAAAUAAGUAAAUAAAGUGAUUUUAGAAGAGUGUAACGAUCAGAGACUAAAGAUAGCGAGUGCACGACGAGAGAUUAGAGCUUUAUUUGCCCGUCACUUUCCCGUCUGCCUUUGCCGACCUCCAUGUUAAGUGCCUCACGGUUUAGGCUCCCUCCGUAGGGAAGAACCGUUCUACAGCCUUCCUCUCGUGCGCGUCGAGCCGAGCCGCCUUUUUAAUCUCCGAACUCUAAAACCUCCAUCCGUUUCUGCCUUACAGCCGGAUUAUAAAGCAGAGGAGGAGUGUACACUUGGUAGUGUGCACUCGGUAGCGCAUCCGCCCGAAUGGGACUCCGCACACCCGGCCUUCUCCGAGAUCGAAAUGGGCCACGUCCUGAUUCUACUACUCUUUGAGAGGCUGCGUCCUAAAGCUACACCUUAGAUUAUUUUUUCCUUUCAGUAGGGAUCCGAACGGGCAGUGUCCCGAUUCUGCUGCUCACCCUGUUUUUAUGAACUCUUCAAACCUCGGUACAGAACCUCCCUACAUCCUGCGUUCAGGACAGAACCGAAACCCCUACCAGAUUUAAAAACCGGUCCUGUCCUGAUUCUGCCACUCUUGACUCCUCUUACGCACUCAGUAGGGCUCUUCCUCCAGCUCCAGAUGUUUUCUCACAGGCUGUGUCCUAAAUCUGUUCGAGCUUUGAUUUCCCUCAGUGUAGGGGUCCUUUAAACCCAGAUUCACGCUUACAAGAGAGCCUUUCUACAUUUAGGACAGAACCGGGACUUUAUUCUAGAAGAUUUAAACAUUUCCUGAUUCUAGCACUCUGACCUCCUACACACUCCCUAGGGCUCUUCCUUACAGCCUGCGUUUAGGACAGAACCGAAGCUCUACUUUAUUUUAAUUGUCCUCAGUUUAAGACGGGUCUGUGUCCUAGAUCAUCUGCACGGGUUUUUCCCUGUCGUGGGCGUGUUCUAAUCGUUUAAUGUUUUUCAAAUUUAUUUUAGCUAUGCAGUAAGAAGAAUGCAACACCUACACACACACACACACACACACACACACGUACGUUUUUUCACAUACACUCUACCUCUUUUAGAGAAAAGGCGACAUGUGACAGCUGAUUACACACUUUCGUAUCGCCAUAACGACCUUUUAUCACGGUUUUACAAUAACAAUAAUCAUGAUCUGUAACAGUCAUCAUUCCUCGCGCCGCCAAGUUUCUCUCACUACCACCGGAAUUAUGGGAUUGUCUUCUCCUGCUUCUCCAGAUCCGUCCAAGAUAAGGGCUUUUACGAAAUGGCGGUCUCCAUGUUGCCUUCUGAAAAGGCUCUCGGUAAGGAACCUGCUUGCAGCCUGCGUUUAGGACGGAACCCAAACCCGGUUUUUCCGUGUGAUCCAAACGCGAGCAGCGAAACCCCGCCUCCCCGAGCAGCCUGCUCCCUGUACCAAAGCUUCCACGAUAACGGAGUCUUACACGUUGAAAUAUCGCUAUAUGCUAUCUCUCGAGAACGGCUUCCUCUUUUGAAUCGCUCGGCCUCACGGCAGCAUCUCGUUCCCGUGAGGACGAGUGCAGGGUGCGGGUCAGACGCUCGGCCGGAGACGAGGACGGAGCUUGCAGCUCGGUUUGUGCACACGUACGUAGUGAACCUGAACAACUGUUUCAAGUUUGUAAAUAAAGCUCUGAAAUGUUUGACGUGAACGUGUGCUUUCUGACUCUCUUACUGCUGAGUUCUGGAUUCUGAUUGGUCAGGAGGUGUUGAUUCAUUUUCUAUAGCAGCGGCUCUGACAGUAGCGCAGCUGCACAUCGCGGGUUUAUUUAUGAUUAACGCGCUCGUUCUGAUGCGUUAUCGUUUCUAUAGUAACAGCUCGAACACAGACUUUUUCUUUUUUAAAUCAGUGAGGAGAUGUUUAUGUAACAUGUAUGGAAGGAGUCUCCAGUGUCAGUGCUGUGUAACAGUCAGAGGUGAAGCUGAACGACUGUUUAAAGAUGGAACAUUAACUGUAACUAUAAACGGAUAAAAAAUGACAUGUUCUUUAAUAAAAACAUUUGUACGGG